UUCUCCCCAAAAUUAGAAACUGAGCAGCAGCAACAAAACGCGGAGCAGCUCCUUCGAUUCCAAGCGAGAGGCUCCGACGCUGGGUCCCUUUGCAGCUCCUAGACCAUGUCGCAGGAAGUGCACGUUGUUAAGAAGAAACGGCCACCGAUGAAGGAGGAAGAUAUUAAAGGAGCUCGAAAUAAACUGGGAAAAGAACAGAAAGUCCAGUCGAAAACGUACCGCGUAAUGCAGCAAUGCGAGAAGGAAGGUGGAGCUGCUCCUUCUGUUUUCAGUGCCGCGAGAACAGGACAAGAGACAGUUUUUACAAAGGGAACCCCUGAUCAGCCGAAGAGCGUCUUCAGUAAAUAAGAAAAGAUCUGCAAAGUCACAUCUGAUUCUAAAGUGACAAUAGCUAUAAGCUAAUUUUGUUAAGCCUUAAUAUUGUCUGGAGUGAAAAAGUACUUAUUUUUAUAUAAAUAAAACAACAAAAAAAUGUUGUUUCCUGAUUUUA